CCUAUUGUUCCUCUAAGUAAACUUACAGACAGAUGCCCUGCACCACAGUGUGGGAGAGAGCCCAGAGAGUCAGGAGGAGGGAGACAGUUACCGAUCGCAGAGAACCACCAGACAACAAGGACGUGGACACAGAGAGGGCAACAGAGGAUAGACUCAUCUCUAGCACCUGUGCAUCCUCCUUGGUCCCCCCGUGUGUCUCCUACCUGCCCACCUGUUGUCACAGAGGAGUGGAGGUCUAAUGUUCUGACACCAUGCUGCUGCUAUCACUGCUGCUUACAGGGCUCGACUUUUUGUUGGGAGCACCAACUGGUAGAGAGGUCUACAAGAUGCCCCAGAGUGCACUUAAAGCUUUGUCUGAUCGUGGCACUGUGGUUCUAGAGGCAGCCAUGACUAGUGCCCUUUCUGCUCUAGAUCGUGCAUCUUCUGACAGGAGUCGGGCUGAAGCUGGCUGCAGGGGCUGUGUUCCCUGUCUGUUUCAGGACUGUGGUCAACAGUCAGGGUCCUGCUCAUCUCCUGGCAGUGCUUUAACAGAGCCUAGCUGUGAUGUGAUCAGUAAGGCCCAGAAACUUCAGAAUGAAGCAGAGCGCAGUUGGGCUCUCAGUCAGGCCUGUGCGUACUACCAGCAUCGCUGCCAGCCUCUGGAUGUGGAUAAGAAGGGCUGCAUCAGGAUCAUGGGUGAGAGCUGCAGUGCCCGUGUCCUUCAGUGCAGCCUGCUAAACACAAUGCAGAACCUGGAACCUGUUACACAAACACAUGCACAAGCAGUGUGUGGUCAGAGGUCAUCUACAGUAGAAAAUGUCACGCAGCCUCGCUUCAGGAUUGUGGGUGGCUCACCUGCCCCUCCAGGCAGCUGGCCCUGGCUGGUGAAUCUGAAGCUCGACGGUGGCCUGAUGUGUGGAGGGGUCUUAGUGGACAGCUCCUGGGUGGUCACAGCUGCCCAUUGUUUUGCUGGGAGCCGUAGUGAAAGUUAUUGGACGGCUGUAGUGGGGGAGUUUGACAUCACCAAGACUGAUCCUGAUGAGCAGGUUCUCAAAGUCAAUCGCAUCAUCCCUCAUCCUAAGUUCAAUCCAAAGACAUUUAAUAAUGACAUAGCUCUGGUGGAGCUGACAUCUCCAGUGGUCCUUUCUGAACACGUCACCCCUGUGUGUCUUCCUUCUGGCAUGGAACCCCCCACUGGCAGCCCAUGUCUGGUUGCAGGCUGGGGCACCCUCUAUGAGAAUGGCCCAUCUGCUGAUGUAGUAAUGGAAGCCAAAGUGCCACUACUGCCUCAGAGUACUUGUAAAAGUGCCUUCGGCAAAGAAGAGGUGACCAACACUAUGCUGUGUGCUGGGUAUCUCUCUGGAGGCAUUGACUCCUGUCAGGGUGAUUCCGGAGGACCCCUGAUCUAUCAAGACAGAAUCUCGGGCAGGUUUCAGCUCUACGGCAUCACCUCCUGGGGCGAUGGCUGUGGAGAGAAAGGCAAACCCGGAGUCUACACCCGGGUCUCUGCUUUCUCUGACUGGAUUCAGGCAGAGAUACAGAAGUCAUUUGGGAGCCGGGAGCCAACAUGUUCAGAGCUUUUGAAGACAACAGAAAUGACUGAAGAUGAGCAAAAGGCAGAGUUCAGCUCACUUUGUCACUUCUACACCCUGACGUGUCCUCCUGGUCAGUCUGCCAGCGCCUGCAGCAGAAUAGCUGAGGACAAGUGCCUUACUCGCUUUAAGAAAUGUCAGCUGCGUUCCUUCCUGCAAACUCUGUUGGAUUUACUUCAGAGGGCUGAGGACUACAUCAGGGACAAAGUUGACUUGACCUUCUUUACCCAAACUCUGCCUCAGCUGGUCGAGCACAUCUACAAUACAGCUUUCAUUCACACCAGAGAAAGGAGGGAUCUGAGUUCAAGCUAUGAUCUCACAAAGAUUACAGAACAGCUAGGUGGAGCUGUGGAGCCAGAUGAUCAGGAUCCUACACCAGCUCGUCCCUCCUUUUUCAGAGAGGUGGGCCCCUCAGUGGAGGACUGGGAGAAAUACCUGCGUAGCAUGGCUGAGGACGUGGACGAACAACACAGUGAAACACCCACACACACUUCAGCCACAUUACAGAGAGAGAAAGCUCUGUUCUUACAGGUACAGGAUUCCUUGGUUCAUAAGCUGGAGAGACAAUAUGAAUCUGUUAUCGUAGCUCUGCGCUCCAAACUAAAGUCCAAAGCUGCCCCUCCCAUCAUGCACUUGGACGUGUCUUACCUAAAGGAGGAGUCUCCUGACACAUCCACUUUUCCAACGUCUUCCAGUGGAGCAGAUGUCGACAGCAGUCCAUCCUCCCCCCAGGAGCCCCAACAGCCUUGGUCACUUGUAGCAGCUCUGAUGAAUGAAAUGGAGAAAAUAACACAAGACAAUAGUAUCACAGAAGAUGACUCACAAAAUGACUCCAGCCAAGAGGAGUCACCUGAUGUAAUGUGGAGUGAAACAUCAGAGGAUUUUACUUUUGCUGAAAGCACAGAAGAUUCAUCAGUAUCAUCUUCUCCAGUAACGACUGUGGUCCAGCCUGUCUCUGACGAUUCUCACACAGAGUUGAAUACUGAAGCCAAACAAACUGUGCAAGCAGUCAAGCCGUUGAGUCUUCACAGAAAGUACAGAAGCCUUCUACGCAAGAGGCAGACACCUGCGACCAGUGGUAAAGUUUGUCCUGGAGUAAGAGAGUCUGCACAGCAGGUCAGCCAAGUCAGAGACUCUUACCAGUGGGUCUUAAACAUCCCUAACAGGAAUUUACGCAUGACCUUCCAAGAGGUGUUGGUUGAUUUGAGUUCCAAGAAUGAGCGAGGACUCUACCAGGCCCGGGUGAGAGCAGUAGUAGGAGGACGGCCUUUAACCUUCUACAGUCUGGUGGGCCUGGAGAAUGAGUCGUUCUACCGCAGUGCACCAAGGAUAAUUGCUUUGGCACUGGAGGCCCUUAAGACUUAGCCCUUUUUGUACAAUAACAGAUGAUAAGUUUGAAGAUCAUCAGAAAAACCGUCAUCAGAACUGGAUAUGUCAAAACAGAGAGACGCACAUUAAACGCACACACACAAAAACUUUACUCUGCUGUCGUCUCCUGUGAAAGGCAUUUGUUUGAAGCAUUCUCCCCAUCUGACUUUGGAUCAAUAAUAACUAUGAAUGUAUCAGUCCAACUUCUGACCGUCUUUCACACCCCACACUUUUUAUGUGGUUGGAGAUGCAGCCUCGUCUAACUUAUAAAUCUGUACAAAAUGAUAAGUUAUUCAUGUCGUCAUAUUGCCUUUUGCAAAGGUUGAGCCUCUUGUGAAUCACAGUCUGUAUAUAUUAUUCAUGUUAUCUUUAUUCAUACUAUAUUUAUUUGUAUAGAGAGAACAUUUGUAUUUUUGUAAAAAAAAUAAAUAAAUAAUAUAUAUAAAUAAAAUUGCUAUGAAUGCUAU